AUGGCAACCACUGGGCCCAACUAUACACAAGCAUGGCGACUGUUAGAAGAAACGUAUGCCAACGAACGACUAAUCGUCACGCGGCAUGUGGAUCUUUUAGUGCAAACAGCUCCUGUAGCCAAGGAAACUGCUGCUACCUUGAGAGAAUUCGUGAACCACGUGCAACAACAUCUUCGGUCCCUCAAAACUCUCGAGGUUCCAGUAGAGCAUUGGGACACUCUCCUGCUGUCCAUAUUGUUGCCCAAGCUCACGCAACAAAUCAGGCUAACUUUCGAUCACACCCUCAAGGACAACGAGCUGCCGAAAAUCGAAGGGUUGAUGAAGUUCCUCACACAACGAGCGAGAAGCCUGGAGACGACAUCAGUCGCCUCGGAUCCAGCGUUGACUGCUUCACCAACGAAGAAGAAGCUAUCUUCACCGACCUUAUCAAGGCGACAAUUUCCUAAGCCGAGAAAUUCUUCGCCAAACAAGCCAUCCAAGGUGUUUUCAACAAAUACUAAAAGCUUAAAAACCGAGUGUUCCUACUGCAAACGCAGCGGGCACUACAUCAGCCGAUGCGAAGGUUUCCACGCCCUUCCAGUGAACCAGCGCAUCCAGUCGGUGAAGCGGGCAUCUUUGUGCUCCAACUGCUUACGCCAGGGGCACACGUCUGAGCAGUGCAACGCGUCAGGCUGCCGAAUUUGUGAUGAAAAUCACAACACGCUACUGCACGUUCCACGAACUCCAAGAGGUUCACCAUCUCGAAGGUCGACGGACAACGCACGUGAAGCCUCGACCAGUCCGGCAUGA